UCAGGCGCCGUGGCCGCGUGGGUGCCCGCAGGCAGCGGGCAGGAACGGGGUAGCUCCCCCGCUACGGGGGCCGCUGCUGCGGCGUUGCCGCUGGCGAAGCGUCGCACGGAGGACCGCGAGGCAGGAGAAGGGUCGCUGCGCAGAGAGCUAUGUCCCAAAAGUUGUCACCAUCAACAGCAGCCACUUGCCUGCUGAGCAACUGAAGUCUGCGGAUGAACUUGUUUCCUUGCCAGAGUUGCCCAAAUGGGGUCUCUGAACAAAAUGAAUUUCAUUACAAGGCUUUCUGCUUUAUUUCUGAGGAAAAGCAAGAUACAACAGAGGCACCAAAGCAGUAGACGACCAGCUGUUCCACUUGGAUCUCGGAUUUUAACCGAUCCUUCUAAGGUUUUUGAGCAUAACAUGUGGGACCACAUGCAAUGGUCACAAGAAGAAGAGGAGGCUGCCAGGGAAAAAGUGGUAGAGAACUCAGUUGUGAAAGUCCAAUGGGAAGACCAAGAUAAAUAUGAGAGAGAAGCCAGUAAAUAUUGGAAUGAAUUUUACAAGACACAUAAAAAUAACUUUUUCAAGGAUCGCAAUUGGCUGUUUCUGGAGUUCCCAGAAAUUCUUCCAAAAAAAAGGAGAGAAGAGUUGAAAACAGAAGAAAGAUCUUCAGAACACACACAAAUAAAUAGUACCAAUGGUUUUUUACACAAAAAUGAAAUGUCAGAGGAAGGAGAAGAGAAUUGGAAGAAAAAUUGUGGAGGUGGUUCUACUUCUGUACGGGGAUAUGCAUAUAAUAAAAACCAAGCAAAAUCUCUUGCUGACAAUCCUCAGGGUAAAAACUGUGGAGAAGAACUUGGCAGCCUAGAAUCCUUCCCUGGUAGUGACGCCACUUACAGAAUAUUAGAGGUUGGGUGUGGUGCUGGAAACAGUGUCUUUCCUAUUUUAAAAGUUCUAUGCAAUACACCUGGAACCUUUCUCUACUGUUGUGAUUUUGCUUCAGGAGCAGUGGAGCUGGUAAAGUCACAUUCGUCCUACAAUUCAGCCUGGUGUUCUGCCUUUGUUCAUGAUGUGUGUGAUGAUGCUUUACCCUAUCCUUUUCCAGAUGAGAUCCUGGAUGUCAUUCUCCUUGUCUUUGUGCUCUCUACUAUUCAUCCUGACAGGAUGCAAGCAGUUGUAAAUAGGUUGGCCAAACUACUGAAACCUGGAGGAAUGUUGUUAUUUCGAGACUACGGAAGAUAUGAUACAGCUCAACUUCGCUUUAAAAAAGGUCAUUGCUUGUCAGAAAAUUUUUAUGUACGAGGAGAUGGAACCAGAGUAUAUUUCUUUACCAAAGAUGCCCAGGGCCUGGAGAAGGGUCCCAGGUCAGCAGGACAGCACCUGAAAAACACCAGGAAGCAGUUCCAGUCACUCCGCCAUAGAUUUUGCUCCCAAGAUGUGAUUGUCUUGAACUACAAAAUGCCUGUUUGUUAUGGUACUAAUAAGCAUUGUGCCUACUGAAAGCUGCAGCAGAAGAGAAAGGGAGGAGGCCUAACGGGCUUGACACCAUCUUUUGUAUGUGUUGCAGCAAGAGGAGAGGUAAAGAUGUCUAGGAAUUAUCAUCAUAUGCACAUAUACACAUACACACACAUUUUUAUUUGUUUAUCUAAUCUCUUGGAUGCUUUCUCAAUGUCUGUCUUAACCCUUUGUUCUUGAAGUAAGCAAGGCAAAACUACAUGACAGGCAUUUGAUUAUUUUUCUUUGUCAAGAGCAGCUAGUGUCCCUUGUGUUGAGAAGAAAAGGGGACCAUGUGGAAAGCUAGAUUUCAAUUAACACGUCAAAUAGCAGUUUGUGGGGUUUUGCCUAUAACUAAGGUCUGAGUUUCAGGACUGUGGGAAUUUUGUGGUUUCCUAUACACUUACAUAUUGCAUUCUUUCCUCUCCUACUUCUCUACUUUUCCUCUGCUUCUCCAAAGGGACCAAAGGAAAGCAGUAUAAUCUUGUCGACUAUAUUCUAUGGUUCUUGCUGAUGAAUUAGAUGAACAGCUGCUUGGAACAGUCUGGAAAUACAAUUUAGUGAAAAAAAAAAAAGAUAUGAGAUACAAACAAAUUCCCUUAUGAUGCCAUUCAUUCUGUAUGCAGUGGAAGGAUGGGGAGGCCUAACAUUCAAUUUCAAUUUGAGACAGUUUGAAAAGCAGUAAUUCUACGUACCCACAAAAACAUAUAUUUAUAGGCACAAAUUUUCACUUUGUAGGUAGAAACUGCACAGUUGGUAGUAUACAUUUGGGGUUUUGUGUGCAUAUGAACUUACUUUUACAGGCACAACCAUUGUAAUUUCUUCUCAAUAUUUCCCAAACAGUUACACUUAUUCUUACAUUCUAUAGUUCACAUCUUGUCUGUGUGCUUUAAACGAAGCUGGGAAGGGGGAGAAAGAGCUAUAUUUUGGCAUUUAGGACAGUCAAAAAUCCAACCCAGAAAAUGAAAAGGAACCCAUUGGUAUGUGUCAGUGUUCCCACAAUGUCCUCCUGCUCACAUUUCUGCAUUGUAAAAAUCUGGCACGCAGUUGUGUGUUACAUCUGGAAAUUAAAGCUAAUCUCCGCAGUUGCCUUAUGAAUGUCAUACACCAACUGGAGUAAUGGGCAUUUUGCUUUCUUGUCUUGCUACUUCAGUACAUUCCUUCUCAGGUCAUUUUCACCUAGCAGCAUCUGGGAAACACACACAGAAUUAAACAUGCCUGUCUACAGAAACAGCAGAGCCAAACAUAAGAAUUACAUUGAUCUUGAAUAAAUUACCAGUUAGUGGAAUUCUGAUAAUUCACACUAUUUUGGAAAGGUUGAUCAGAUUUUUGGUGGUGAUCUUGGUAAUAUGGAAUAUGUUAUGGCCUUUGGCCACACAUCCCAUAUUUUGAGCCAGAUGUCUCUGGUCUACCAACAUGUUUCCUUUUAUCCCACUGCAGGCCAGUAGUAGGAAUUGCUUUAUUUUGUUGAUUGGUUGAUUGAAACACAUGAAAACCAUCCUAUGCUAUGUAUGUUUUGUAAACUACAAGCUUGGUCUGAAAAUGUUGUAGACUUCUGGGAAAGUAAUCUUAAAUAAAUACUUUUAAAUGCUA